UUUCUUUCGAAUUUAGUAGCAUUUUAUUUCUUCUGCGUUGCGUUGUCGCUUGUACGUAUCUAGUGAAUUCAGAUCGGAAUUAUUGAUGAACUGUUUAUCCGUAAUUCAUCAAAUACUUCAAAGUCUCCUAUAUUCAGUUCAAAGUGAUUCGUGUGAGUAGACCGUGUAAUAAAAUGGCAGAAGAAGUACCUGUUAGCGAUGUUCUUUGUGAAGCUAUGGAAUAUUUGUGCAAGCUCGGAUCGAAUUUGAGAACGCGCUCACAGAACCUAAAGGACAAGAGAAUUAGCAAAGACAAGUUACGCAAUACCCACGCGGUGCGUAAAGCGGCUUCUAAGGUAUUAUUAAUAUGCGAAUUAUCACGAAAAUCGCUGGAGAACGUCGAAAACGGCGUGAAAAGGGUGUUGACGCUUGUAGACGCCUCGCGGCGCUCGCCUGUGACAGUUGGCGCCAAAGAUGAAAAUCGCUCUAGGAAUAAGAAAAACUAUUUCUACUUCGAAUAUGACUCUUGUAAGUUAAGAAUUUCAGAGAAGAUUUUACUAGCCCAUUAUACGUCGGUCAAAGUUCAUGCUAAAAGUAUGCCCGAGUCGAUGGUGGACAAGUAUCCUGUGUAUUACCACUGUAAUCUGUAUAAGAAACGAAAACAAUCUUUGAAAGACAGUGGCAAUGAAAACCGCCAGAAAACUAGUAAAAAGGAGGAUAGAUCUUCUAAAUCUGUUGAGAGGGUUAAAGAAAGUGAAAAAUCUGAUUCAGAUGCCACAUCUAGUGACAACCAAAUUAAAGAUAAAAUUAAUAAGGAGAAAAAACUAAAUGACAAUUUAAAUUCAGAAGAUAGUGAUAAUAGUACCAAAGAGAAGGAAGCAGAAGAAAAAGACAAGAAUAAGCAGCGUAAAUACAGGUCCAAGGAAAAGAAGACAAAGGAAUCUGAAGAUAAAACAACUGCAGCUAUACAAAGUGAUGGCGGCUGUGAAGAUAGAAGGAAAGAAAGUAAAGAUAGUGAAAAAGAAAGCGAAGACAGCCAAAAAGGACCCACGGUUGAAGCAGAAAUUGAGUCAAAAAGCACUGAAAGUGAUGGUAGUCCUCUAGACUCAAAACAAAUGGAGCAUGAGGAAAUGUCCAACAAAAAAGAAAGCAAAAGUAUUAACACCAGUGAUGAAGAAGAAAUUUGCAACAAGUCUAAAAAAAGUACAAAAAAAAUGGUUUCUGACAGUCGUCAAGAAGAUUCCAUUGAUGAAAAAAACCUAGAAGACAGAAAAGUUAAACUAGAUAACACCAGUGUUGAUAGUGAUGAUGAGAAGUCUAAACUAACUGACAGCGAAGAAAAUAAAUUAAGUGGUGAAAAAUCUAAAACGUCAAAAUCAGCUAGAUCCAUAGACAGUGACUCUGACCAAAAAAGUAACAGUGUUACUGGAAAUGAGAGAAAAAAAAAGAAACUGGAUAAGGAAAGUCACAAUAAAAAAAAUAAGAUUGAUGAAUCUGAAAUAGUUCAUUUAAUUGAAGAUUCACCAAUGAAGCCAAAAGAGAAUUUAAAAAGCAAGGAGAGCAAAGAAGAUAGUGACUCUUCUACUUCAAACAAAAAACCUAUGAGCAAAACCAUUAGAUUCAUAGACAGUGAUUCUGACCAAAAUAGUGACAGUGUCACUGGAAAUGCGAGAAAAAAAAGGAAACUUGAUAAGGAUAGUCACAAUAAAAAUAAUAAGGCUGAUGAAUCUGAAAUAGUUCAUUUGAUUGAAGAUUCACCAAUGAAACCAAAAGAGAAUUUAAAAAGCAAGGAGAGCAAAGAUGAUAGUGACUCUUCUAUGUCAGACAAAAAACCUAUGAUCAAGUUAGUAAGUCUUAAUAAGUUACUCAAACCUGAUGUACUACAAAAAGAAAUGUAUCAUAUGAAUACUAAAAUCCCUCCAGUUUCAAAGACAUACAAGAACCGCAAAGAAAAGAGUCACACUCAAGAAGAUGAAAAGAAAAAAGCAAUUAGUGCCUUCAAACCCAAAAAAUUUGAUGUUGUUGUUACUAGGCUACCCAAGUUUACGGAUGUAUUUUUGUGUGAAUAUGGGUUGAAGAAAAUAACUCAGAAUGGAUCUGAGAUUUAUAGUUUAACAUCAUUAAUAAACAAGGAAAAAGAAAAACCAAGCCUGAAGACUGAUCAAAAUAGUUCUAUAUCAGAAAGUAAAGGAAAAUCCUGUGAUAAUAUUGGUCACAGUAAUGCUGAAAAGAGUAAAUUGGAUGAAGGAAAUGAAGCAAGCAAAAAUGCACUACUCCAUUCUGAUUCUGAUGAUGUGGAUACCAACAAGCCAAAGAAUUGUAAAAAAUCUAGAAGGAAAUCUAAGGUUAUACAAUCAGACUCCGAAAAAGAUGAGGGUAGUGAGACAAAAAAUUCAAAAUCCUGUUCACCAAGUGAGAGGAACAAAACUAGAAGUAAAUCACCAAAAGACGUAGAUAAAAAUGGGAAAAUGACUAGUGAAUGUAAAGAAAAAUUGGCUAGAAACAGUGACCCAGAAAACAUAAUACCCCUGGAUUCUGCAGCUACUCCAAAGACGCCAGAAAGAAAAACGGAGGAAACUACACCACAGUCCAGAAGGAAAUUAAUUAGGGAGUCAAUGCAUGCAAAAAAGAUGCUAUUGACUUAUUCCUCAAGCUCUGAUACUGAUGAUGAUCAGCUGAAAAAUGCAUUGAAAGAUAUUAAAAACUCUCUUUUAAAGGGAUCAAGUUCAGAUGAUGAACUAGAUGUGACAAAGAUGGUUCAAAUGAACAGGAGAAAGUUGGUUACUCCCUCGGAUUCUGAUGAUAGCUUAAAUAUAAAGAAGAAAAAGAAAGACAAAGAGCUUGCUAAAGGGAAGGAGCAGGAAGAUAGCAGUAUUAGCCAAGUGGAUGGAACCAAUGAUGAAUUGUCUAAUUCAAGUUGUAGCCAGAUGGGCCGCUCUAAAACAAAACCUGCCAGUAGCAGCUCUGAGAAUGUGGACUCAGUUGACUCAGAAAUUAAUAGAUUGUCAAACCUCAAGACGCUGAACCGCCGUCGGCGGGGAUCUGUCGAGAGGUCGACUAGAAGCACUCGAAGAAUGCCGAAGGCGCCGCCGAUUAAAGACGAAGUGUUGGCCCUUGCCAGCUCGGGCUCUGGGUCUGAGAGCGAACAUGAUGCGGAAGAGAUGGAAGAGCUUCCCCCAAUGUCGAUGCCAAAGUUGAACGGGGACAGCAUCAACCACAUCGCCAAGGAAGACCUCCUAGCUCAGAGUGACCCAUCCAGCUCGGAAAAUGAAAAAGCUAAUGAUUCUGAGGACGACAAAAAAGAAUCAGACAGCGAAGAAGACACUGUGAAGUCCACGAGACGCAAAGCAAACGCCAUAGCGUCCGAUUCCGAGGUCGAAGCGAGGAAGGCGAACAGAAUGAGCGACUUCGAGGAGUCUGAGGACGAGAGCAGCGAGCCCAGGAAAAAGAGCAAGCGAAAGAAGAAGGUUACUGACAGCGACGGGUCGUUCUCUUCAAGCGACGGAGGUAAAAAGAAGCGUCGUCGUAUCAAACAAGUGGAUAGCGACGGGUCCGGAUCCGACACGGAGAAUGAAGGCAGGAACAAACAUGGAAGAAAGAAUAUUCGCAAGGUGAUGAGCAAGGACCAGCUAGAAGAGGCUACCAAGAGAGCUGCGCGACGGGAAAAGGAGAGGAUUGCUCGUAUUUCCGAACGCCAGAAACUGUACAACAAUUUGGAAUUCGACGAGUCCGGCAAGCCUGACGAGGUGGUGCUGGACAAGGUGGUGUUGGACUUCGACCCCGAAACCAAGGAGCCCAUCAUCGAGGUGGACCGCGGGCUCGUCAAGAAACUUAAGCCGCAUCAGGCCAACGGUAUAAAGUUCAUGUGGAACGCGUGCUUCGAAAGCGUGAAACGCAUCAAGAAAGACCACGGAUCCGGCUGUAUCCUCGCCCACUGCAUGGGUCUUGGGAAAACUCUGCAGGUGGUCUCCCUAACCCACACACUGCUCGCGCAUAGAAAACUGACCGGCGUGAAACGAGUACUAGUGGUGUGUCCGUUAUCCACCGUGUUGAACUGGGUCAACGAGUUCAACAUGUGGCUCAAACAUGCCGAGACAGAUCACGAGGUGGACGUGUUCGAGUUGUCGAGGCACAAGCAAAACUCGGAACGCUCGUGGCAGCUCCAACAAUGGGUGGAGUGUGGCGGCGUGUGCGUGCUCGGCUACGAGAUGUUCCGCAACCUCUCCGCCGACAACAACAAGAAGUUCAAGAAGAAGAUGCUCAAGACGUUCCAGGAGGCUCUCGUGGAUCCUGGCCCGGACCUUGUGGUGUGCGACGAAGGCCAUCUCCUAAAGAACGAAAAGACGAGCUUGUCGCAAUCCAUGAACCGCGUGAGAACAUUACGACGUAUCGUGCUCACCGGCACACCGCUGCAAAAUAAUCUCAAAGAGUAUUACUGCAUGGUACAAUUCGUGAAGCCCAACCUCCUCGGCAAGUACAACGAGUACCUGAAUCGCUUCGUGAACCCCAUCACUAACGGGCAGUACACAGAUUCAACUGAACGGGACAUCUGCCUUAUGAAGCGACGGUCGCACGUGCUGCAUACUAUGUUGGACGGAGCUGUUCAAAGGAGAGAUUACGGGGUGCUGGCACCCUUCCUGCCUCCGAAACACGAGUAUGUGCUCUUUAUCACGCUCACCGACAUCCAGGUCAAACUCUACCAACACUAUUUGGACAACUAUUCUAGAAGACCACUACCAGGAAAGUCAUCCGGCUUCCUGUUCCCCGACUUCCAGUCCUUGCAAAGGAUAUGGACGCACCCGAUGGUCCUCAAGUACAAUUCGGAACGAUACGAGAUCAUGCAGCAGAAGAAGAGAGAUAAAGAGGAAGAAGAUUCGGAAGGAUCGCUUGCCGAUUUCAUCGAUGACGAUUCUACGCCGGAGGAAUCCUCAACAGAAGAAUCUUCAGACGAUUUGUCAGAUUUGAGUGAUGACAGUCGAAAAAAGAGCAAAAAGAAAACUAAAGUCAAGAAAGGGAAAGGCAAAGAUGCUAAGGCGUCAGGUCGCCGCAACACAAGAGCUAAUCCAGUGGAACUAGAAGAAGAAAAGCCCAAUUCCGACAUAGAGGAAAUAAAAUACGAGAACCCAACGGAGUGGUGGAUGAAGCUGGUGAUGGAGGAGGAGCUGGAAGACAUCCGGCACUCACACAAGUUGCUGCUGCUGUUCGAUAUACUCCGACAGUGCGAGGCGAUAGGAGACAAGCUGCUUGUUUUCUCCCAGUCUCUUUAUUCCCUGGAUUUGAUCGAAUAUUUCCUGGGUAAAGUCGACGAGGCAACUCAGGAGGGGCGCAUUGAUGAGAAACUCGCGGGACAUGUUGGCUCGUGGUCGCCCGGCGUGGACUAUUUCCGUCUGGACGGAUCUACGUCCUGCGAGAACCGAUCAAUUUGGUGCAAGAACUUCAACCGGGAGGAUAAUCCUAGAGCUAGACUGUUCCUAAUCUCGACCCGCGCCGGCGGUCUCGGCAUCAACCUCGUCGCCGCCAACCGCGUCGUCAUCUUCGACGUGUCCUGGAACCCUUCCCACGACGUACAGAGCAUCUUCAGAGUCUACCGCUUCGGACAGAAGAAACCGUGCUACAUCUACCGCUUCCUGGCCAUGGGCACGAUGGAAGAGAAAAUCUACGAGCGACAAGUAACCAAGCAAGCGAUCUCCAAGCGCGUCAUAGACGAGCAGCAGAUAGACCGGCACUACGCCGCCAACGAUCUCGCUGAACUGUACAAGUUCGAACCUGUCCCCGUCGAGCCCCGGCCCGUGCCCAAGCUGCCUAAGGAUCGGCUCUUCGCUGAGAUGCUGAAGGACCACGAGAAUCGGGUCUUUAGGUUCCACGAACAUGACUCGCUGCUAGAGAACAAAGAGGAGGAGACCCUCAGCGAGGAGGAGCGCAAGAAGGCGUGGGAGGAGUUCGAGAACGAGAAGAAAGCUCCACCUCCCUCGCCCUUCCCCAACACCUGGUCCAUGCACAACGGAAUGGCAGCCAGCCUCCUGCAGCAACAACAACAGCAGCUAGCGUACGCCGCGCUGGCCGCCAUGAUCCGCAAGGACAUGCCCAACAUCAACGACAACCAGAUCCGCGACAUGCUGCCCAUCAUCUGCAACGCCAACCCGGGGCUGAUGCAGAAGAUGAGCGAGAUCUACAAGUACGCGCCGCCCGGCAUGAUGAACCCAUCCAUGAUGAAUCCCGUCAUGAAUCCUGCCGGUGGCAUGAGUGCGAGCAGCAGCCUGCAGUACGAGCCGCCGUGGCAGCGCCAGCAGCAGCAACAGCAGCAGAUGCGGUUGCAGCAGCUCAUGCAGCAACAAAGUAUGGGCGCGAAGUACUACGCGGGCGGGCUCGGCAGCCGCGACCCGGUAGCCAUGGCGCUGCAGCAGCAGCGCGCGCGCGAGUUCCUGCUGGGCGCCGGACGCCCGCGCGGCCGCCCGCCGCUGCAGCCGCGCGCCCCCACGCAGGGCGACGUCGUCAACCUCGCCGACUCCGACUAG